UCUCACUGUCUCAGUUCUCAGCUGAGAUUAUUGAGAAAGAUGGGGAAGAUGGGGACGACGACGGGGGUACCCGUGCCGGCCGCCAUUGCUAGGGAUUAUGAGGUGAUGGAGAGGCUGGCAGACGAGAGGUCUGCAUCGACUUUGUGGCGAGCGGUGCAGCGGUCGAGUGGGCAGGCGGUGGUAUUGAAGCAGGUAAAGCUCUCUGGGCUCAGCCGGAAUCUGAGAGACUGCCUCGAUUGCGAGCUGAGAUUCUUGGCGAGCGUUAGACACCCAAAUAUCAUCCGCCUGAUCGACUCCAUCCAGGUCGAGGGAUCCAUAUUUCUAAUCAUGGAAUUCUGCCCUGGGGGAGAUUUGGCCACUUUCAUCAAGCACACUGGUCAUCUUGAUGAGGAUACAACUAUAAAAUUCAUGAAACAGCUAGGAGCUGGUUUGGAGGUGAUGCAUAUUCACCACAUCAUUCAUAGGGAUUUGAAACCUGAGAAUAUACUGCUCUCAGCUCCCAGUUCUGAUGCUGUGCUAAAGAUAGCUGAUUUCGAUCUGGCAAGAGUUAUUCAUCCCGGUGAGUAUGCCAACAUGGUCUGUGGAACACCUUUCUACAUGGCUCCAGAAGUCAUGAAGUUCCAGAAAUAUGAUAAUAAGGUUGAUUUGUGGAGUGUCGGUGCAGUUUUUUUUGAACUUCUGAAUGGUUUUCCACCUUUCUGUGGCAAAAACAAUGUUCAGCUUCUGCGAAAUAUAGAAGAGACGAAUACACUUCCAUUUUCGCAACAAAUUCUCUCGAGCAUACGUGUAGAUUCCCUAGAUCUAUGCACUAGGCUGCUGCGCAAGAAUCCUAUGCAACGGAUUUCCUUUGAUGAGUUUUAUCACCACAGUUUCUUUGGCUGAUCCAAGUUCAAGAUUGUUCUGAGAUUAACUGACACAAUGGUAAGCUUGUAUGGCCGAUCAGAAUGGUAAGCUUGAUUCACAAAUUGGAUCAUAUUCCGAUCACAUCAUUCAUGGAGGCAUUUGCGUAGAAUUUUGGUAUGCGAAGAGUGUACGUAUGAUGUGUAUAAAUGCUUUUGUACCCCGUAAGGAUGUUGUAGAAGAAAACAAGUAGUUUGUGGUCUGUAGACAUACAAAUGUGUUAGCAUAGUAAUGAAGGUAUAUUGAUUGAAUUGGAUUACAGACCAAAUAUAUUUGGUAGAUUAUCCAAAACUGCCAUGCUCGAAAGUUAUCUCAGUCACUUAUAUGAAUAUAAUAUAAUUAUCCAGUCAACAAAGUGGACCUUGAUAUAACCAUUAACCACCGUCCGUAAUUCGACAGGACUGGGUCCGACCUCGUCUCCCAACCGGCCACGUGGCAUCUCCUCCUUUUUCCUUUCUUUGUCGGUCUUGCGACACCGUUCCAUUUACUGAUCCGCUUUACGUUCCAGUUUUUAUCCUCCGAUAUCUUCAAAUCCACAGAUUUCUCACCGGAGUCGAAGAAUUGUCGAGAGAAAUUGUUCCGGUUGGGUGACGCGACCAUGCCGGCCACGGAUUUCCAAGGUUCCUCCGUGCCCUUCGCUUCCAUCGGCCGCUCCAUCUUGAGCAUCCGCCGCGACCAGGUCCACGGCGUCGACGGCCACCACCACGAUUCCCCUGCCGGCGGGGCCUCCCAUGACCUCGAACUCGAGGUGUUCCAAAAGCACGUGUCUGACCUCUUCCACGAUCUAUCUUCCGGCGGCGGUGCAGAUGAUUUGCUCUCCCUCUCUUGGGUCCGCAAGCUGCUCGACAGUUUCCUCAUCUGCCAGGAAGAGUUCCGGGUGAUCCUCUUCAGCUGCAGCAAGGGGCAGCAGCAGCAGGCUCACCUCGCCCGCCCUCCCCUCGACCGCUUCCUCUCCGACUUCUUUGACCGCGCCGUCAAGGCGCUCGACCUCUGUAACGCCGUCCGCGACGGCGUCGACCAGCUCCGCCUGUGGCGCCAGCACCUCGAGAUCGCCCUCGCCGCACUCGACGGCGGUCAACCCCUCGGCGAGGGACAGGUUCGCCGCGCCCAGAAGGCCCUCGCCGACCUCUACAUCCUCAUGCUCGACGAGAAGGAGACUCCUUCCUCCGGAGGCGGCUCGAUCCUCCUCUACCAUCGCAACCGCUCCUUCGGCCGCUCCGUCAAGGAACCCCCACCGCAGCGCGGAGGCGGCGGGUCCGUCGCCUCGGCGGCCCACUUCCGCUACCUCACUUGGAGCGUCUCCCGGUCGUGGUCCGCCGCGCGGCAGCUCCAGGGGAUCGGGAACAACCUCUACGCUCCGAGGGGCAACGAGGUCAGUUCGACCGGCGGCCUCGCCGUCCCCGUCUACACCAUGAGCUCGGUGCUCUUCUUCGUGAUGUGGUCGCUGGUGGCCGCCGUGCCGUGCCAGGACCGCGGCCUGCAGACCCACCCCUCGGUCCCCCGCAGCUUCCUGUGGGCGGCGCCGAUGACGUCCAUGCACGAGAAGAUCUUCGAGGAAUCAAAGAAGAAAGAGAGGAAGAACACGUCGGGGCUGUUGAAGGAGAUCUACCAGAUGGAGAAAUGCAGCCGCCAUUUGACGGAAUUCCUGGACACGGUGGAGCUGCCGCUGGCGGAGGAGAAGGAGGUGGAGCUGAAGCAGGAGGUGCAAGAGUUGGCGGAGGUGUGCAACGCCAUGAAGGAGAACUUAGAUCCAUUGGAGCGGCAGGUGAGGGAGGUCUUCCUCAGGAUCGUGAGGAGCAGAACCGAAAUCCUCGAGUUACUCAACAAAUCCCACAAUCCAGAGUGACUUCACACUGAAAGAUGGAGAAAAAUAUAUAAUUAAAAUUCAAUUAUAUUUUAUUUUACCUACUGCUUUCUAUUCGCAUGUCAAUUAUGUUUGCUUUUCUUUAGGACUGGUUGUUUUUCUCUAAAUUUUGUCAAAGAUGUACAAUUUUAAGGUA